AUGAUCAUGAAAGAAUUGACUGCGCUGCUCUUCCCGUCGCACGUUCUGCGGACCGGGUAUGGGUUUAUAAACCGACGUUGGCCUGCUGUGAACUUCCUGGGUCCUUCGAAGCAGAUCCUCAACCACUACGAGAGCCCCGUCGAGUCUUACCAUCCUUCAACGCAGAGCAUGCCACAUUUGCACUCGACAGGUUCCUAUUACGAGGUGGGCUCUAACUCUAUGCCUCUGCGGGUGACGCGCAGGAGCGCGUCCAGCGUGGAAUCUUUGUGCCGGGAGGACAGCAUCGGGUCGGUCGUGGACCACAUCCGGCGGCAUCGCUCGAAGAGUCGCCUUAUGCACCGAACGUGGUGGAAGCACAAGAUGGGCCGCUUGGCGGAUCGGGACUGGUGGAAGGACAAGGUCGGCCUUGUUGGGACUGCUGCGCUGGGGUCCUUGGUUCUAGUUGGCGGUGCAGUGGUUGGGGUCUUGGCUCUUCUUGCUGGGACGGUUGUGCUGGCCGUGCGGGUCACUGUUGGUCUCGUUGGCGAUGUUUUGAUGGUCCUCUUUCUUCCAUGUGCGCUGGUUGUCCCAAACAUCGUUUGGGCCGACACCCCCCGCUUCGACGAAGGUAGGGUGUUCUUGCGCGAGUCCUGA